AUGACUUCGUUUCUCAAUUUCUCCGCCAUUUCACCUAACCCACCUGCUUUCUCCGGCGCUUCACUUCGUCCUCGCUCUUUAUCUCCCCGAUUGUUCAAGUCUUGUGUUAAGUGCAGUUAUGCUGCUGAAGCUCCGAUUGACAUUGUGGCAGAUAUCAAAUCUGAAAGGGUUGUAGUUCUUGGAGGCAACGGCUUCGUUGGCUCAGCUAUCUGCAAAGCAGCAAUCAACAAUGGAAUCGAGGCUGUAAGUGUAAGCAGGUCUGGUCGUCCUAACUCCCAAGAUUCAUGGUUGGAUCAGGUCACAUGGGUUACUGGUGAUGUGUUCUAUUUGAACUGGGAUGAAGUACUUCUCGGUGCUACUGCUGUAGUUUCGACCAUUGGUGGUUUUGGAAACGAAGAGCAGAUGAAAAGAAUCAACGGUGAAGCUAACGUCAUCGCUGUCAAUGCUGCUAAGGAUUUCGGGGUUCCUAAAUUUGUCUUGAUCACUGUUCACGAUUACAAUCUUCCACCAUUUGUUCUAUCCAGCGGUUACUUCACCGGAAAACGUAACGCAGAAGCAGAACUUCUCUCCAAAUAUCCCAACUCCGGAGUUGUGCUGAGACCUGGUUUCAUAUACGGGAAACGAAAAGUCAACGGAUUCGAGAUCCCGCUUGAUGUGGUCGGAGAGCCACUAGAUAAGAUAUAUAAUGCUGCAGAGAGCUUCAUUAGACCGUUGAGGUCUCUCCCUGCGUCUGAUCUCCUCUUGGCUCCACCGGUUAACGUCGAUGAUCUAGCACUCGCUGUGAUUAACGCCGUUAAAGAUGAUGACUUCUUUGGCAUUUUCACUAUUGAACAGAUCAAAGAAGCAGCUGCAAAAAUGAGAUCAUUUACCUACUAA